UUCAUUUAAAUUUUAAAUCCUUCGCCCAUUAAGCGAUUUUUUUUUUGCAUCCAACGAGAGAGAAACUGAAGACAAAAACGUCAACAAAGCCAGAUACCAAGAGUGUAAAAAAAAAAAAAAAAGAAAAGCAACUAGGAACCCCAAACGAGACUCCAAAUCAAUACUGUACAAAUAUAUGACACCUCAUUUGUGACCCAGUAUUAAUACAGCACUUUCAUCUUUCAUUACUUCUGCAUGAUGGGGCUACUGCAUUUUAGGUUAAUGUCGAACUAUUCACGUGGUACUUGGUAGAGCCUUCUUGUGUUGUGAUUUUUGAAGAACGAAUAUCCGCCUUUGAGGAAAGGCACACACACACACAAAAAAAAGCGCAAAGAUAUCUCGCAUUGCGUACUUAUUCAUAAGUCUCAUAAUAUGUGUAGCUUGGUGGAAAUUGGUUAUGCCUAUAGUACAAAUUUAAAAAUGUUUAUUGUAAGUUAUUUGAGCUUCCAGAGCCUACUUCCCAAUAAACAUCCCCCAUGUUUUAAUGCCAGAAACUGCUCUGGAGUUUUGAGGGCUUGCUUAGCGUGUAAACUGGAUUUUUUUUCAAACUUCCCGUUCUGUACCAUUUCAAGUGUAAGUGUAUAUUAUUGUCAUCGUGGGGCUUAUGUGUGUAAAAUGUAUUUUAAAUGUAUGGCUGUCGUGUAUUAAUAGCACCUGAUAAACCUGAUCCUCUUGAGUUCUUUUGUGGACAAAAUGAUUGCCAUUUAUUUUGGCAAAAUACUAUUAUUGUGCUGUAGUUUGCAGUAGAACUGUGCUGCAUAUACUGAUUUGUUUCUAAUAUCACCCUCAACAUGAUGCAGCACACUCCUACAAAAUGCAAAUUAUAGCACACGCAUUAAACAAGGGCAUGUGUUCAACAAAUACCUUUCUUGCAGUAUAAAUCAAAACAAGGAACCUUGUAAAGGCAUAUUUGACACACGAUUACCACCAUCAAUGGUAUCGGUCUUCCGACCCAGUAGAACCAAACACUUAUAAACAAGAACUUGCAAACCGAACCUCCACCAUGGCACCACUACGAUUAAAGAUUCUUGAAACUAUAUCCUAAGUAGCAUCACGGUUUUGGAUGAACUUUUCUCUCAAACAGAACAGGGCCCAUAUUUUCUUCUCCUGCAUUUCUGCUUUUCGUCUGCAUGGAUUGAAAUGCAUCAUGUCGUCACAUCACGCUCUCCUUUCUCUCCUCCUUCUACAAACAAUUUAGUCAGUAACGUUAGUUUGUUCAAAUUGUGAACAGCUUGACUCAGAGACUGCACCUAUAUUUCCUCAGCAGCUUCACAGCCCAAAGCACGUCCAUCACCAAACAAGGUGUUCCAAGAACACACACAAAGCAGGGGCAAAUGUCAUAUCACCUCAUCAGAUCGGAUAAAACAAGUUGUUCCGAAAGUCGCCAAAGGCUCUCGGCAACGCUCGGUAGUAAAUUCGUCUUAGCUGCUACAUUCAGGCAGUAAAAUGCAAAAGCUUUAAAACUCACCGACUGAUGUACAUAAAGUAUAUUCUGUCUCCUUUUGUUUCUUUUUUUUUCUUUUUUUUUUCUAGGAGACUCAUCCGUACACGACCGCCAUUCGCUGCCUCCGUUCAUGCGCUCGUGAAUUGAGAUAUUUCCAAGCUAACUAUCGUCUGCUUUUAGGUUGCCCCACGAAAACGAACGCAGCUUUGACAUUUCCAUGUCAAACAGAUGAGUGCUUUUUAUCUUCAAGUUGCAUCGUUAAGCUCAGGCCUGCAUGGCCUCAGACUGAUACCGCUCACUGGCUGUCCUCUGGUCACGUGAGGUCCAUAAAGCUAGUUUUAUGGUUUUGGGGAGUUGACAUUGUACAAUAUAUUCCAGAUUCUAGAAAACAAGUGACGGUUUAACGGCUUCACGGGGAUCCUAAAAAGGGUCAGUAAAGUCGAGGCAGAGCAGCAGAGGGAAGGGAGAGCGGAUAGCGAGCACAGGCCACGCAUGCAGGGCGGUCACUGCUCCCGCUCGGGUCCGCACACUGGCUCGGAGGAUCGGUCACGGUCGCUGCGGAUGCUGAGAAAAAUAUGAAGGAGGAAGGAAAAAUUGGCACAUAUUUGUAGACACCUUGUGGAGACGUCGCUAUGAAUGGGGAAGAACGCCUGCUGAGAAUACCAGGGAUGCCUUUGCGGAUCAACAAAACGAAAAGGAUGCGUUCACAAAAAAUGGGACAUGAUAAGACGAUGGAAAUUGGCCAAAAUUGGAACUGGAGCCGGAUUCGAGAAGGGCACAACACCUCCUCCAAGGCCCCUUCUGUCGGGAGGUGCGAGGGGCCAAGGAACAGAGGAGCUGAAGAAAAAAGAAAACAUCUUGGAAGACCCCCCCCCCCCCCCCGAGCUCCAACACACUUAACACUCAAGAAAGAACACUUUUUUUCCUACCCACUCAUUCACGGGCUACUUUUACGCCCUUCGAGAGUAUAAGAAAGAACAACCGUUUUCCUACUCAUUGGAAAGAAGGCGCGGAGAGGAAAACUGGAAGAUGGCGAAGAAUUUCAUAAACGACGUGCCUUUCAAGGAGAUCUUAGGAGAUUUGUGGAGGCUGCCCUUUUCCAUCGACACACCAGGACAUAGAAGAAACUCUCUCGGUCAGAUUGCAGGGGGCCAUUUGAGAGACACCGUCACGUGACCCCUGGUGCCAAAUGGUCUUCCGGCAGUGGUUCUCAACAAGGGCCGGAGCUAAAGAAGACAUUGCCGCCUUUCCCAGACAUGCAGAAGACAACAUACUACGACAACUCAACUCUUUUUGGUGGCUACGCAUCUUAUCAGGUGCAGGGGGCAGCAACUGCACCUGCCAACGGCUUUGGGGGCUAUGAAGUCCCGGGGUCUCAUCAUCAGCCAAUCUUCCAGUCGGCAACCCAUCUGGAUGUUGACUCUUACCACCGAUCUGCCUGCUCUUUGCAGACACUGGGUGGGAGUGGUGGGCACCAGCAGCAGCAACAGCUCGCCAAAAACAAGGAGCUGAAUGGCAGCUGCAUGAGGCCCACCCUGCCUCCUGAGCAGCACACUGGCUCCCAAGUUUCCCCACCUUUGGCCCCCAAUCCAAGCGAUGAAAGUACCGUCGCUCAGCAGCCAGGGGGCAGUGCUGGUGCCUCGUCAGUCCCCAAAUCAGGCCCCAGCAGGUCAUCAAAUUCCUCCUCCUCGACGUCAUCCUCCACUUCUUCCUCCUCCUCUUCGCUGCCCUCCAAUCCAACUUUGGCCAAGCAGAUAUUUCCCUGGAUGAAGGAGUCCCGCCAAGCGACCAAGCAGAAAAACUGUUCACCCAGCAACAACUCGGGCAAUGCAGCAUCAGGUGGAGGUGAGAGUGGUAGCGGCGGGGAGAAGAGUCCUACUGGCGGAUCAUCGGCCUCAUCCAAGCGAGCACGUACAGCCUACACCAGCGGCCAACUCGUCGAACUGGAGAAGGAGUUUCAUUUCAAUCGGUACCUGUGCCGUCCACGGCGUGUGGAGAUGGCCAAUCUGCUCAACCUUUCUGAGCGCCAGAUCAAGAUCUGGUUCCAGAACCGACGCAUGAAGUACAAAAAGGACCAGAAGUCCAAGGGAUUAAGUUCCAGCUCAGGAGGGCCUUCACCAACGAGCUCACCGCCUCUGCCCAUGCAAUCCUCUGCCAGUUAUCUCAACUCAAUGCACCCAUUAGUUGGGGGAGGUGGGGGAGGAGGGUCAGGCUAUGAUGCCCCAUCUCCCCCAUCCUUUGGGAAACCUCACCAAGGAGUUUCGUACUCCAUGCCCACUGCCUAUUCCAAUCUCCCAAUGAAGGGCUGCCCUCCACAACAGAAGUAUAGUCACCAAGAUCAAGACUACGGUGAGCCGCAUCCUCACCAUGGCCUCGUACAGGCCAACAGUACCAGCUUUGGAACUCCCGCCAACAUGCAGGCCAGUCCAGUGUAUGUGGGGGGCGGCAGCUAUGUGGAAGCCAUGCCUGGCUCUGGGCCCUCCAUGUAUGGCCUCAAUCACCUUGGCCCCACACCAUCCCAUCACCAAACCAUUGACUACAAUGGUGCAGGCCCCAUGUCAGCCACUAACCAGCAUCAUGUGAGCGGAGGGGUACCCCCGGGUCCCUGCGACCCGCCCACUCAUGCAACGUACACCGAGCUCUCGGCGCACCACACCUCGACUCAGGGCAGAAUUCAAGAAGCACCCAAGCUCACUCACCUGUAGCAACGGGAAGAAAAAUGAAGGAAGACCACACAGAACAAGUAAUGUUACUCAAUUAACAAGCUGAACUUACAUUUCGGGACUCACUUGCAGGAAAAGCAAAGGCAUUAGAGACAGAAAGGAGACAGAGAGGAGCAAUUCAGUGGUUUAUGCUUUACAGCCCCUAACAGGAGUAAUCAAUGUUUUGGCCCUAUAUUGAUGUCAUUGGUGUUAGCAAUAUGUCAUUGUAUUUCACUCGUAGAAAAGCACUUAAUUUGGAUUUGUAUCCAUUCAUUUCAAACAGAAAACUCAUUCUGUAGCGCUAGUCUCUACAUGUAUGCACUAAAUAAGGAGCAGGCAGUACAAGGAAACGGUGGGCGGCACGUCUUUCUGUGAUGUUUUCUUUGGGUGCUCUGGCCUCCUCCCACAUUCUUAAAAAAAAAAAAAAAAAAAAAACCCUUGAGGCCAAUUGAACACUCGAAAUCAGUUGUCCCCAACCAUUUUUUCGCAGACCAGCAAAGCUUGAACAAAAUAUAAUCAUGCUAUGGACUGAUAAAAAAUGGAGCCCUCGGGAAUAAUGAAUCCGCCUUAAAAUGAAAACAUUCUCGUUUUUAAGUGAUGAUCCUUCAUUUGGUAUCGGCGAUGAGGCUAGUGAGUAGCGGCGCAACUGCCAAUGCGACUUGGACAGGCUGUGCAAACUCCACUUGUGUUUUCAUGAUUUCCACAUCACCACAUGGGUGGUGCAAAUGAUUCAACAUUAAUUGUUGUGUUGCCUGUUUUUGAUGGCACAUCAUGCAUAACGGUUGCUUUGGAGCUAUUACUGCACUAGCCAUGGUGAGGAAUUUUCUCUUGUCCAAAUAGCUUCAUCUUCAGAAGAUAAACCAAGUCUUGGAUGUCCAUCAGAUGCGCGUUUAGCUACACGCUCGGUCAUUGUUUAUGUCUUACUCUUACUGUCUGUUAACUUUUUCAAUUGGCAAACCAAAGUAGAGAAACAAAAGGUCAGCUUUGAUUGGCUGCUGUUAUGAACAUUUCUAUAUGUCCACUGAAAAAAAAAUGCUGUGUGGAAUUGUUUCUCUGUGCGGUCUGGUACCACAUACUGGUCCACGGACCACUGAUUGGGGACCCCUGCUCUCAAUUGAUUUUUCAUGUUAAUUGUUUAUCUAUUUGAUGACUGGUGACCGGUCUGAAAUGUCACCCCGCCUCUCGCCCAAACUCAGCAAGGAUCAACUCCAGUUACCACUGAUCCUAUUGGAGACAGACAAGUGGUACAGGAAAUGGAUGGAUGAAGUUCAUAUAGUUUUAUCCUGCCAAACUCAUGAGUGCAGUCGUGACAACCUGAAAAAGAGGCAUUUAUUUGUCUUUAGCGCUUUCAGGGACAGCGGUUACUACAGUGGGCAGUUUAUCAUGUUAUCAAGUUACAGGUUAUUAUUAUUGGUGCAUGAAAGGGUUAAUUAGUUUCAUAGAAGGGCGACAUGGCGAUCGACUGGUUAGCACGUCAGCCUCACAGUGCAGAGGUGCAGGGUUCGAUUCCGGCUCUACCCUUCCUAUGUGGGGUU